UUUUUGGAGCUUUGUCAGCACACAAUGAUUUGUCCCAAAGAGCACGUUAUUCUCGCUUGUGAGGAAAACAGGAAGUAGGCCAAAGGGUUUUGUGGACAGGUAGCUGCUUGCUAAACUUUAGGAGUUCAAUGAUUUGACACCGGACAGGUGACACACCGACCGACCGACCGAUCGACAUGAGCGGCAAAAAUGAAGUCAGUUUUGAUCCUAAAGAGCAUCAGCACCUCCGUUAUAACCCUCUCCGAGACACCUGGGUCCUGGUGUCGGCCCAUCGCAUGAAGAGGCCGUGGGCAGGUCAGGUAGAAAAACCUCCUGAGGAACACAUACCCAGAUAUGACCCCCGCAACCCUCUCUGUCCGGGAAACACACGUGCAAAUGGAGAGGUAAAUUCAGACUAUGACAGCACUUUUGUGUUUGAAAAUGACUUCCCCGCUCUUCAGCCAGACGCUCCAGAUCCUGGCUCUGAUCAACAUCCGUUGUUCCAGUCUAAAGCUGCCAGAGGUGCCUGUAAGGUCAUGUGUUUCCAUCCCUGGUCUGACAUCACCCUCCCUCUCAUGGAAAAACAUGAGGUUGUCAAGGUGAUUGACAAGUGGGUGGGGCUUGUUGAAGAAUUAGGCACAACGUACCCCUGGGUUCAGAUCUUUGAAAAUAAAGGAGCUAUGAUGGGUUGUUCAAAUCCACAUCCUCACUGUCAGGUCUGGGCUAGCAACUUCCUGCCUAAUGAGCCUGCUCUGUCAGACCGCUGUCAGAGAGCCUACUAUCAGAAACAUGGAGAGCCAAUGCUGUUGCAAUACGCCAGACAAGAGGCAGAGAAGAAGGAGCGUGUAGUGGUGGAGAGUUCUGAUUGGCUGGCGGUGGUUCCAUAUUGGGCAACGUGGCCCUUCCAGACGCUGUUGUUACCACGACGACAUGUCCUCAGAAUCAAUGACCUGACAACAGAGGAGAGGGAGGGUUUGGCUGACAUUAUGAAGCGCCUGCUGACCAAGUAUGACAAUCUGUUUGAAAUCUCUUUCCCGUACUCCAUGGGCUGGCACGGAGCUCCGACUGGCCCCCAUUUAAAGGAAGACAACUCUCACUGGCAGCUGCAUGCUCACUACUACCCUCCUCUGCUGCGUUCAGCCACGGUUAAGAAGUUUAUGGUGGGCUAUGAGAUGCUGGCCCAGGAGCAAAGGGACCUCACCCCUGAACAGGCUGCUGAGAAGCUAAGGAACCUCCCAGAAGAGCAUUAUAAAAGCAGACAUAACCAGGAAAAGGGUAGAGGAAACGAAAAAGAAGAUGGAGGAAAGUAAAAGUCAAAGCGAAACGACUUGUGUGAUGGUUAGAACAGAAGGGACAAUAUAGCUUUAUUUAAGAUAAAAUAUAUAUUUUGGAAACAUACAGUUUCCUGUUGGUUUGUUUUGGAAAAAAUAUUAAAAUUGCAUAAAUAGCCAAUUAUAUGUAACUGUAAUAUUUUUCUCUGAACUGGUGCAACAUGUUAAAGUGCCUUUAUGAAGACAAAGCUGGCACUGGGCUCCUUACUGCAAUUAUAAAAUGGACUUCUAACAGAAUGUGCUAUGGAAGCCAUCCUCCAUGUUUUAUGGAGAUAAUGAGAGAACAUUGUUCUUUUCUUCUCUGCUGUCCCUUCUGCAGAAUUUAAACAAACUUUGUGGUUGAAAGGUUUCCAACACGACCAAACAACAAACAAAGCUUUUACUACAACAACAGCACAGUGAGUGUGAUCAGUGAUUCAAAUGAAUGCCUUUGUUUCUUGAAAAUGUUUUUACAUAGAAAGAAAUUGUUGAAUUAGUUUGACGGCUUUCAGCCACGAAAGCCUGACAAGAUCAAUGCUUCAUUUUAUAAAGAAAAUGAAUGAUUUAAAAGAUGCCAUGUUUCCUGUUUACAUUAACAGAGUCAGUAUUCUUCUGAAUUAACAUCAGUUUUACUUCAUAACAAAAAUGGCAUAUUCAGAGUUUGAAAUGUUUUACACACAUUGAUAAUAAAGUGUUUCAAAUGAAA